AGUGAGGGUAUGGAUCUUCAGGUUGAGCGUUAAGGGUUAGGGUUUCAUAAGAUUCUGCUUAGCCCAUGGGCGCUAUACCUCAUAGUAGAGUUCGACCUAAUCGACCUCUAACACAUCUACAGAUGCACAAGUAAGAGAAACAAAACCCCCCUUUAAAAAAAAAACCGCAAACCAUGGUCCAGAAACCCUUUCCUAAAGCCCGGCAGCCAAAGAAGGUCGUGAAGGCGACCCCCAAGCCGGAACCCGCCCCGGCCGGGAGCCAAGCCGGCAUCGCCAGCCAGCAGCUCAUUCUGAACGUGUUCCAGCACGCCUUCAACGACCUGCUCCGCUCGGACACCCUCGCCGCCGCCCUGCAAGAGGUCAAGCAGGCGCUUUUCAACAGGGAGUUUGACAAGGCCUUCGGCAACGAGGCGAACCUCGAGGUCUACGCCGCGAGGUGGAGCCCGACCAGGGCGCUGUGCUACGAGUCUGUCCUGCGGAUGAUAAGGCCCCAUCUGGACCCCAUAUGCCUGCCCGACCCGCCACCGGGCGAUGACGACGGCGCAGCCACGCCGGGCCCACAAACCCUGCGGGUGGUCGCCAUAGGUGGCGGCGCGGCCGAGCUGGUCGCACUAGGGGGCUUCCUCCGCCGGACAGGAGGGGGAGGCGACGACGACGACGACGACGGAGCGGACAGGGAUUUCCCCCUCCGCGGCAGCAUCCUCCUCCUGGACUCGGCUCCCUGGGCGGCCGUGGUGGCGCGCCUGCGCGAGUGUCUCACGACGCCGCCGCCGCUGUCCAGGUACGCCAGCGCGGCGGCCCGGGAGGCGAGCAGGCCAGCCGUCGAGGCGGACCGGCUGUCGACGGCGUUCGAGCAGGUCGACGUCCUAGCGCUCGGUAGGACCGGGCUGUCGGCGCACGUCGGAGGUGGCGGCCGGCCAGUGCUGGCGACGCUGUUGUUCACGCUUAACGAGCUGUUCACGGCCGGGGGCGUCGGCAAGACGGCCGCCUUCCUCCUCGACCUGACGGCCGCGCUGCCGGCCGGGUCGCUGCUCCUGGUCGUCGACAGCCCCGGGAGCUACUCCGAGGCCGAGGUCGGGAAGCAGGCCCGGCGAUACCCGGCGCAGUGGCUGCUGGAUAGGGUGCUGCUGCCCACCGGGGACGCCCCGGUCGUCGAGGGCCGCAGCUGGACGAAGCUCGAGUCUUGCGACUCGGUCUGGUUCCGGCUCUCCGGGGCAUUGGACUACCCCAUCCCGUUGGAGGACAUGCGAUAUCAGAUGCACCUCUAUCGGGUCGACGGUACGGAUGCUGAAAGCACCGAGUCGACAGAUUAAUGCCUAUACACAAAAAAAAGUCGUUUCCCGUUAUAGACAUUAUUGUAUCCCUUACUUUGUAUCCCUUACUUUGCACACCCUCCUCGCUCCUAGGGGUAUUCUCCUUAAAACCAACAGAAAGA